UUUAAAGAAAUGAGAAAUCCAGGAACUUGAACUGAGACGAGUCACUGUGGGGAGGACCGAAGAGUCGAAGAAUAAACUCUGUUUAAGCUAGUUUGGAUGUUGGACACGCCGAGCAGAAAGAGAUAACAUGUUGAUAAAAGAAUUUCGGAUUGUCCUGCCCAUUUCUGUUGAAGAGUACCAGGUGGGUCAGCUGUACUCAGUAGCAGAGGCCAGUAAGAAUGAGACGGGUGGUGGAGAAGGGGUGGAGGUCCUGAAAAAUGAGCCCUAUGAGAAAGAGAAUGGAGAGAAAGGACAGUACACACACAAGAUCUACCACUUGCAGAGUAAAGUGCCAGGUUUUGUACGGUUACUGGCCCCUACAUCUGCCCUGAGUAUCCAUGAGAAGGCCUGGAAUGCUUAUCCUUACUGUCGCACAGUUCUUACGAAUGAGUACAUGAAGGACAAUUUUCUUAUCAUGAUUGAGACAUGGCACAAGCCUGACCUCGGUGACCAGGACAAUGUCCAUAAGCUUGACCCUGAACAGUGGAAGAAGGUUGAGGUGGUACACAUUGACAUUGCUGACAGGUCUCAGGUGGACGCUAAGGACUACAAACCAGACGAGGAUCCAGCUACAUUUAAAUCACAGAAGACUGGUAGAGGGCCAUUAGGACCUGACUGGCAGAAAGAACUUCCUAAGAAGACAGACUGCCCUCACAUGUGUGCCUAUAAACUAGUCACUGUCAAGUUCAAGUGGUUUGGCCUACAAAAUAAAGUGGAGAGUUUCAUUCACAAGCAAGAGAAGCGUCUGUUUACCAGCUUCCACAGGCAGCUCUUCUGCUGGCUAGACCGAUGGAUCAAUCUGACCAUGGAGGACAUCCGCCGCAUGGAGGAGGAGACGCAGAAAGAGCUUGAUAAUAUGCGAGAGAAGGAUCCAGUGAAAGGGAUGUCUGCUGCAGACGAGUGAGGCGCUGCAGCUAAUAUUCUGCAUCCUAGUAUUGGAAAAAGUCUCUGCAGUAUGAUGGGCUGCUCUCUCUCUUUCUUCAUGUUUCACUCCAGUAGUUUUUCCUCUAUUCUUCACAUCUACACCCAGGACAUCCCAUUCAGAGGUGUUUCUUACACUAAUAAAUAGCAAUAUGUUUUUUGUUUUUUUUCAGCCCAUGUUUUUGCCUUAUGUCUGUCAACUUUUAUUUUGAAACAGUCUCAAAUGUUUACUUUUUUUUUUUAACAAAUUUGACCGACAUCAGCACUUACGUUAAAAAAAAAAUCCCCUCCCUCACUACUUAUAUCACCAGCAUGUUAACAUGUUUACAUGUUUCUCUAAAACCAACAUUUCCACUCUCGAUGUAUUUGCUGCAGGUUUUGUUGUUUUAUUUGUACAAGAUGAAGCUGCCUCAUGACAAAUCAGCAUGAGUUUAUGGUAUUAGCGGGUUGCAGCUGACCCAUUGUUACUCAUAAGCCACUUUUCUCAGGACUUUUUGUAGAUUUGAAAGGACUGAAUUCUCAUGUGGUAAUACCAGUUUACAGUGAUGAUGUAACAAACUUGCUUCAGUUCACCUGAAUUUCCACACAGCGUCUAGGGCGUUAAAUAUCAUGUCAUGUUGGGUUGGCGAUGUAUUAGCAAAUGUUUUGAGCUAUGCAUUCUGCCUCUGUCAUACGAGGCUUAAUUAUGAACUGUAUUCAGACUUUUCAAUUGUUCUGUUCUGUUCCACUUUUCCCCUUAAAAGGCUCUGUGUGUUUAUUGGGCUCAAAAACAAUGUAAUACUCGUUUCAUAAUUAUGCCUGAUAUGCUCAUGAUCUGAUAAUGACAUUAAAAAGAAUUUAUAUUA